AUGUACCAGCGUCGAAUUCUUGAAAUGAAUGGAAAAGAAUUGAGAGCUUUGACCGCAAUAGUACUUCCAGGAAGAAAAGGUGACGAGUUGAAAAUUGGAGAAAUGCAGGAAAUGUGUAUAAAAUGGUUAUUCUCAAAUGGAUUGUCUAUAAAUCACGUAUUUGAAAUUCAUGAAGACGUCGAUGGUCGUGUAUUCUGUGUGAUGCGGAAUUCAGAAGCUUGUUUGUGUUGUCCAAAAGCAUCUGAAUCAGGAACCCUCAAAGUUUUUGAUAAUGGUCCAAUAGGUGACAACUUCAAAAGAACGCCUUCUCCAGUACGAAAACCAAAGGAACAAGAAAAGAAAAAAGAAGAAAAAGAACCAAAAGUGAAAUUCGAACUUCCAUCUUCUCCUGAUCCUCCAACGGUUUCAUUCUCAAAACCCUCCGCUCCAACCAAUAAAGUUGCUCCCAUAACAGUGCAACCAACAAUUGUAACGAUAUCGGACAAAAAGAAAAAAGAAGAAGAGGAAGAAGAGAAAAAGAAUCAAUCAUCAUGUGCCUACUGCAAAAGAGAAUGUGGAUUGUGUAUUGUAACACUGUGCUCCCAGUUUUAA